GUUUCCACACAGACGCGAGUGUUGUUAUAAAAAAAUGUAUAUCACAAUAUUAUUAUCUACGUUAAUCUUAACUACAUUAGCGUUACCCAAUCCCGAAGUUAGAGAUUCACAAAAUAACAUAGAACCAGAAUCUUCAGCAAGAGUUUUAGGAAAAGAUUGUUCAGGAGGGAUUUUCAGUCCUACUUGUUUGAAGAUCGAAGCUAUAUCGAUGCUGGAGAAAUUGAGUUCAAAGGAGGAAUUACAACUUCUACCUGGUGUUAGUGUUGUUAAGGAGGAAAAAGAAAAUGGUAGCAAAGCUGAAGAAUUCGCUGCAGAAUUGGCAAGAUCCUUACCAUCGAAGCCUGAUGAGAGAUUGGAUAAAUAUCUUUUGUACAGACUCGGCAAUUAUUUGGACACACACUCUGUGAAGUUGAGGCUUUUAGAUGAUGGCGCGUCUGAAGAUGCUAGGGCUUUAAUGGGUGAGGGCAGGGGUAAAGGUGGACUUGGAGGUGGCAAGAAAGGAGGUAUGGGUGGAUUGUUAGCUGCUGCUCUUAUGAUGAAAGGUACUCUCAUGUCAAUAGGCCUCGGAGGUCUCGCUAUGUUGGCGGGGAAGGCUUUAAUGACAGCAUUAAUGUCACUCUUACUGUCCGCAAUUAUUGGCUUGAAGUCAUUGACCAGCGGUGGCAAGUCAACCACGUAUGAAAUUGUAUCUAAGCCUGUAUACAGUCAUUCCCAUUCUCACUCUACCGCACAUGAAGACGUCGGUGGAUACGGUCAUUCUGGAUAUGGGAGGAAUUUAAAAGUAAGAAGGCGUUAAUGGAAUAGAGUCGCUUGUAUUUUAAUAUUCAAACUUUAUGGUUG